AUGUCGGCACACUACUCGGCAACUCAGCGACUCAACUCGGCCACGUACGUACUUGACCCCCUGUCCCUCUGUCACCGCCUCAGUCUUCGCUCUCCACCGGACAUUUGCGCUCACAACCGAAACUGAUGUAUUGCUUCAAGCUGAGCAGAGCCCUCGCAUCGACUGUCCUCGUCGUGCUCCUCUCGCUCGUAUCCUUAUCCUGUUUGCUCCUCCCGGUGACGGUCACGAACGCCUCGUUGCGCCCGAGCCACAUCAACGUCGUCCUCGGCCGGAGCGGCUAUGAGAGAUACCCGAGAGCGAGGGAGUUUGCCUUCGUCAAGUAUGAUCUUGUAGCAGGUGAGCACAGCCUCUCUUCUGCAUUCUCAUCAGGGCUAUGCACUGACCUUGCCCCCUACCCUUCCCCCCACACCUCUGAUCCAUCUCCACGUCACGUUACAGACUUGUCGCCUUUGUUCAACUGGAACACCAAACAAGUGUUCGUCUACCUCGUAGCCGAGUACGAUACCUACAAUUACGCAAGUCGAAAGCAGAACACGGUCGAAGUACAAUCAAUCCCGUACUGACUCCCCGGGACCCGUCUCAUCAGCCGAACAACGCGGUCGUCCUGUGGGAUCGCAUCGUGCGCAACAAGAAAUACGCGACCAUCAAUCUCAGUAACGGCAAGCAGAAAUACGAGUUUAAGGAAAUCACCGACACGUUCAGGUAAUUUACACAUCGAGGAAUUCCCUCUCAUUCGAUUGGAAUCGUGGGAUCCUCGCUGACGUCCGACCCUCGUUCUUCUCAGGAACGUCUCGGCCACAUUCUCGCUCAGGUAUCAGAUCCAACCCCAUGUCGGAAAAUUGAUCGAUGGCGAGGUGAUCAGGACGGAAAAGGCCUUUGAUUUCCCGCCUGUGCAAAGACAGGUCACAGGGUGA